GUACAAACCCAGUGAACUAGAUGCGACUUUUCACUCUGCACAAAGAACCUCAAUUCUGCAACAAAACCGCAAGGAGAAAAUUCAAAACUGCUGGAAUCAAACACAGGGUAGGACAAAUAUUUUAUUUAGACUUCUGCAUAUUUAAGGGAUUUUAAGAACAGAUUGAAAUGUAUAUAUUUUGAUAAUGUGGCGAUUUGCUUUCUUCCUGUGCUUUGGCCUUGGCAGUUGCAUGAUUUCAGCCCAGUCAGGAUUUUUUACGAGAGAGAUCAAGUAAUCACUUCGGACACCUAGUUUUCUAUUUGUUGGGCUGUUUGGAGUCAGUACCUUACCUGUUCAUGCUGCACAUUUUUUUUUACUUUUUGCACAGGAUCCUACUUCUAGAGUUUACUUUGUCAUCAGGUCAAAUAAAUGGGUACCUGGGAGAUAAACCUUUAAUGGAAACUACGACGUAUGAGCAAAAUCAUGAUUUUGUCAUUGCUUUUUUGGGGUUUUAAUAUGGUGGUCUGCCAUGAGCCUUUUUUGGUAAAUUCAGAGAAUCUGAGAAGUGGGAGAGAAUUUUCUGAUGUUAAGCAGCAUAAGCUUCCUUCCUGGUAUAAUACAUCUGUCGAUGCAGAGCUGAAACAUGGGGCCAUCGGCUCGUUGGCUCAUAGCAGAUGGCAAGCACAGAUGGCUUUCUCCAAAACUGUUUAUUCAUUUCAAUUAAAGGAGGACACUAUGCCAGGAACUGUUGUGGGAAAGCUGGAAGCGAAGAUGGAGUUUCCCACACCUAUCACAUACUCGGUUCAGGAGGACGAUGGGGAGAACAUGUUCCUUCUAAACCCCAUCUCUGGGGAAUUCCUUUUAUCCCGUAACCUGGACUUUGAAACACAAAGGUUUUACAUUCUCACAGUGGAGGGGCAGCAGGGGGACUUACAAGCAUCCAGUGCCAGAGUCUACUUUAAUGUGCUCGAUGUCAAUGACAACCCUCCUGUUUUCAGUCGGAGCAACUACUUUGCAUCACUACUGGAGGACACACGUGUCAGAACUUGCUUCCUGUCUCUGAAUGUGUCAGACAAAGAUGAUGGUGAAAAUGGACAAGUGGAACUGAUGGUUGCCAGCGGUGAUGAGCUGGGCAUGUUCUUCAUACACUCAGCUGGUAUUUUAUGCCUGAACAAAGAGCUGGACAGAGAGAGUCAAGCUUCCUUUAAUCUGACUGUCACAGUCAAUGAUUGUGCCCUGCCAGUGACUUCACAGCUCACCAGCACAGCACAUAUAGUUGUGAUAGUGGAGGAUAUCAACGACAAUGCUCCAUUAUUUCUGUCUGCCAAACAUGUUAGUAUACCAGAGGACUCUGCAUUGCAUUCCGUUAUUAUGACUGUACAUGCUGAAGAUAAAGACGCAGGAUCCAAUGCAGAGAUUUUGUAUUUUUUAAGCAACACUUCUAGAGGGACAUUCAGUAUUGAUGACAGAAGUGGAGAGACUUUCCUGGAGGAGAUACUUGACAGAGAAAAGAUGGACACUUUGAAUAUUACCGUGAUAGCUACUGAUAUGGGUUCACCUCAAAUGACCAGCACAAUGACUUUCAUGGUCCAUGUCGAGGAUGUAAAUGACAAUGAACCUGUGUUUUCACAAAGCAACUACAGUCUGCUCAUCAAAGAAGAUGUUCGAAGAGGGACAAUUCUCAUUCACGUUAAAGCAUGGGAUCAAGAUAUUGGUUUAAAUGGACUAGUGCGAUACAUGUUGACCCCGGUUGGUCCUUUUGUGGUUGACAGAGUUCGAGGUGUGCUGUACAUCAUGGAUAAACUUGACAGAGAAAAAAAUUCAAAUUACACCUUAAUUUUAACUGCUGUCGAUCAAGGGGAUGUACCUAGAUCUGCUACCACUGUUGUUAGCAUCACAGUGCUGGAUGUUAAUGACGUGACGCCGCUGUUUUCUCCAGAAACCCUGAUCAUUCAUGUGAAGGAGAAUGAAAUCAAUCCAUCUGAGCUUACAUACCAGGUUUCAGCCUUGGAUCAAGACCUUGGGAUCAACAGUCAGCUUCAUUAUUUUAUACACAAAGAUAAGAGUGAUGGUCUGUUCUCUGUCACUCCUGAUGGUGCGUUUAAGAUUUUACACAGCUUGGACAGGGAAAAAGAAUCAUUUUAUGUUGUCAUCAUCACAGCAGCUGAUUCAGGUUUGCCCCCCUUAACCGGCACACUGACAAUCCAUGUCCUUGUGGAUGAUGUCAAUGAUAACCCUCCUGAGUUUUCAGAGGAUCUCUACAACACUAUAGUAUCUGAGGACAGUCCAAUAGGCACAGUGUUUGCAAUGAUAUCAGCAUUUGAUGCUGACGAGGGCGUGAGCGGUGAAGUCAGGUAUUCAAUGGAAAACACGGAUGCACCUUUUGCUAUUGAGGAAGCAUCUGGAGAACUGUUUUCAACUGAUUUUCUAGACAGGGAGACUGUAGCCUUCUACACACUGACAGUGAUUGGAACCGACAUGCAUCCCACACAACCUCUUUCAAGCUCUGCACUUGUUACUGUCCUGGUUGGUGAUAUUAAUGACAACUGGCCUCAGUUUCUGGAUAGUCCCUUCGUAGCUUAUGUACCCACAGAGUUUCUUCCAGGCUCAGUUGUUUGUGCAGUGAAAGCUAUUGAUGGAGACACUGACAUGAAUGCGCAGCUGCAUUAUUCAUUAUAUGGACAAACUUCAGACCUGUUUUCCAUUGAUCCAAACAGUGGCACAGUAUUCACUUCUAAUUCACUGAAGACAGAGGAUAUUAUUAUCAAUGUGCAUGUAGAAGAUGGGGGUGAAAAUCCCAAAUUUGACACCACUACUAUCAGUAUCAGGUUUCAGAACAUUUCUGAUUUCCCAGAGAUGACUGUGGAUGUUUUGAGUUAUUCUCUCUUUGAGGACCAACCAGUGGGAACAGUAGUGGCUGUUAUUUCUGCAGCAAGCAUCAGAGCUGAACCCAUUUCUUUUUAUCUUGCUUCUGGAAACUUUGAAGACAUGUUUCAUGUAGACCAAUUAGGUGGAGCGUUGACAGUUCACAACUCACUGGAUUAUGAAAGCAAAAGGGAAUUUUCUCUACUGAUAGAAGCCAGAGACUCUGGCUGGCCUCCAUUUUCAUCAUUUUUAGAAAUUCAAAUAAAUAUAACUGAUGUAAACGAUAACCCCCCCCAGUUUACCCAAGCUGAAUACAGGUGUGAGAUUUAUGAGAAUUCCCCACCAUCUAUAGUUUGUGAUGUUCUUGCAAUCGAUGCAGAUUCGCCCACUUACAGCACAGUAUGGUACAAAAUAACAGAAGGAAAUAUUGAUGAGUCUUUUAUGCUUGACCCUGAAAAUGGUUUGGUUAGCACCACCAUAAGUUUAGAUAGAGAAAGUAUUCCUUUUUUUAAUUUAACAGUUGAGGCGGCAGAGCCUGGUAACCCUCUUCAUACAGAUCAUGCAACAGUCAUCAUUGCUGUUUUGGACAGGAAUGACAAUGCACCUAGUUUGUCUCAAAUGUAUCUUGCAGAGGUUUCUGAAGAUGCUCCUAUAGGUUACACAGUUCUGCAAAUCACCUCAACUGAUGAUGACACUGAUUCUAAUGCAGAAAUUAGUUACCAUAUAUCUGACCAUAAUCAGGAUCUCCCUUUUGAUAUUGAGUCCAGCACUGGAUGCAUCACCGUUAAAAGGUCUCUGGACAGGGAGAAGCAAGAUCAGUAUGUAUUAAAAGUAAAUGCCAAUGAUUCAGCAUGGAGUGUUAGCACUGAUGCAACUAUCUUUGUUUUAGAUUUCAAUGAUAUGAGACCAGUUUUUUCUAAAGAUUUGUACUCAGUUGUCAUCCCCGAAACCAAACACCCAGAGGUUUUUGUUUUGCAGGUCUCUGCAACAGAUGCAGACAUUGGACUAAAUAGUGAGGUUAUCUAUAUAAUUGAACCCUCAAAUGAUUUCUUUGGGGUAAAUACUUCUUCUGGGGAGGUCUUUUCAAAGCAGGCUCUCAUUUUAAACAAUUCAACUUUUGAAAUCUAUACCUUCACAGUUGCUGCCUUUGAUUGUGGCAGCAUCCCUCUGCACAGCAAUACCAGUGUCACAGUGAGAUUAGAACCAUUUAACCACCACCCUCCAAUGUUUUUGCCUUUACCAGCCUUUAUUGCCAUUCCAUAUAAUCUACUGGUAGGAUCUGAAGUAGUAAAACUCACUGCAACAGAUCCAGAUGUCAAUAGCAGUGAUUUUAUUGAGUAUAAUGUCAGUGGAGGUAAUGCAUCUGAUCUCUUUGGGAUUCAAACCAACAGUGGAAAGGUAUUCCUAAAUCAUAAUCUAGCAGAAAGGGAAAAUCAGUCACUUACUUUAUUAGUUGAAGCCAUAGAUAAAGGUUUUCCUCCAUUAACUUCUCAAACUAAAAUCAGCAUUAAGAUAAUUGGGACUAAUCAGUUUUCUCCAACGUUUGGUGAAUCAGAUGUCACAAUCUCUGUCCCAGAAGACUUGCCUGUUGGAUCAGUGGCUGGGAAAGUUCAAGCUGAAGAUUGGGAUUAUGGUCCUAAUGGUGAAAUUACAUACUGCAUAAGUGCUGAAAAUCAACAUUUUCCAGUCUCUGUAGGAAAAUUCUCUGGGCUACUAACACUUACCACAGAGCUUGACUAUGAAAAAGAAAGCAGUUAUUAUCUGCGUAUAAAAGCAACAGAUGGUGGAUGGAUAUCUAAAUAUGCCUGGUUGAAUGUUACUGUGAUAGUUAUGGAUGUAAAUGACAAUCCUCCGGUCUUUUUGUUGUCUGAGUAUUUCACAGCAGUGACGGAAAAUUCAAAAAUUGGAACAAGUAUUCUAGAUGUGAAGGCCACUGAUAUGGACUCAGGGAUAAAUGCACAAAUAUCCUACUCUCUGAUUGCUGGUAGUUUGGAUAAAUUUGCACUUGAUCCAAGAAAUGGGAUUAUUUCUACUUUGGUUGUCUUUGAUUAUGAACAUAAACACAUAUUUGAUAUUACAGUGAAAGCUUCAAACACUGCUAAACACACCUUGUUCAGUCUGGCUCAUGUCAUCAUUCACGUCUUGGAUGUUAAUGAAUUUAGCCCAACCUUCAUUCAAGAAAGUUUUAGCUUUUCAGUAUUCAAAAAUGUUCCAGUUGGAACAUCAAUAGGAAAAGUAGCAGCCACUGAUAAUGACAGUGGUCCUCAAGGUGAGGUGUUUUAUCUAAUGUUUGGCUAUGGCAAGCAUUUAGGCUUUGAUGUUGUUCAACUUACUGGAGAUAUAUAUACAAGUGGUAGUUUGAGAAACCAAGGCAACAGCAACAUAACUUUAAAGGUCUUGGCAAAGAACUCUGGCGUUAUAAAUGGCACAAACAUAGCUGAGACAUUGGUCAACAUUAAUGUAAUCGAUACAAAUUAUGCACCAAUUUUUAGCUCCACGUGCUAUGAGGCAAAUGUUAAGGAAGACAGCCCAAUUGGGACAUUUGUAUUAAAUGUAAGUGCUUAUGACCAUGACUCCGUACUCCACUGGAAUCGAUUCUUCUUUACGAUAGUAGAUGGAAACACAAACUCCUCUUUCUCCAUUGAUCCACUUAGUGGUAUUGUCUUAGUAAACUCUCCUCUUGAUCGGGAACUGUGGCCUACUUAUAAUCUCACUGUUACGGCCACUGAUAAUGGUUCUCCACCAGCCACCGGGACAACAAAUGUGAUUGUGACUAUAGUUGAUAUUAAUGACAAUGCCCCCAAACUCAUGACAACUAAUUUUCAAGUAAAGGAAAAUCAACCUGAAGGAACCAUUGUUGCCAAAUUACACGCCUUUGAUUUUGAUUUACCACCAAAUCAAGGUCCUUUUAUCUUUUGGUUAUUAAAUUUGUCAGCAGAAAGUGCUUUUUUUCUUACUCAGGAUGGAGUUUUACUUACCUCACGUGUUCUUGACCGGGAACAUAUCACUGACUAUCGAUUGCAGGUGGUGGUAAAAGAUACAGGGUUUCCGAUCCCACUGUCUUCAACAACAACGCUUCACGUUAUGGUAGAGGAUGAAAAUGAUAACGCCCCAUUACCACGAAACAUCUUUAUUGAGGUUAAAUAUUUUGGCAGUUUUUUUAAUGGAGGCAUGAUUGGUAACGUGCAUCCUGAGGAUCAUGAUGAGUCUGAUAGAUUCCUGUGUGUCAUUAAAAAUGGCCCAAUGAACAUGUUUAAGAUACCCAACGGCACAUGUGAGCUAUGGUCGUCCCCUUUUCAGGGAGAGGCCACAUUCAAUGUCACGGUGGAGGCAACCGAUCAGGUUCACUUUCCAGUAAAUAACAGUAUCUAUGUAAACUACAAAGGUUUUACAAAUGCAUCUGUAGACAGUUGCAUAUUAUUCUACAUAUUCUCACCCUCAAUGGAAAACUUCUUAACUAAUAGUUAUUUAAAGUUUGUGAAAGCCCUGGACAGCCUCUUCAACCUUCAGGCUUCAAAGACUCAUGUAUUUGGAAUCAAGCAUAUUGGCAUGGACAUACUACUACUUGCUGCUGUGAAAAACUACAAUGGGCAAUAUCUGAACAAUAAGGUAGCAAGUAGUAUAUCUGCUGGACAUAAGAGGUUACUGGAGUCCCAAAGCAAUGUGACAAUUUCUCACAUUACCAGUGAUCCAUGCCUUAUGAGCCCUUGCCAGAAUGGUGCCACAUGCAACAAAAACAUUCACAUCAGCCAGGUUGUUGCUGUCCUAGAAAGCCUGGCUGUCAUUUUUGUGUCACCACAGAAAGAGAUUUUUAAUUGUACCUGUUCCAUUGGAUUCAGCGGUUCACUGUGUGAAGAUGACAUUGAUGAAUGUGAGCUGAAUCCCUGUGAAAAUAACAGCACAUGCGAAAACACCUUUGGAAGUUUUCACUGUUACUGUCAGAGUGGCUUCUCUGGCUCUCUCUGCUCAGCUGAUGUGGAUGAGUGCCUUAAGGUGAAGUGUCAAAAUGGUGGGACGUGUAUUCAGUCGCAGGAGAGAUACUACUGUCAGUGUGUGGCUGGAUUUGAAGGAGAACGAUGUGAAUGGCUCAAAGAUCAUUGCAGAUCUACACCAUGUUUUCAGGGCCAGUGCAUUAACCUACAAACAGGGUUCCUCUGCAACUGCCCCUUUGGAGUCAGUGGUAUCCACUGUGAAGAGCUAAGUUACGGAUUUGAAGAAAUGUCCUUCAUAGAGUUUCCCCCACUGGAUAGCAGGGCUAAUUUAAUUUAUUUUGAGUUUGCAACAGUGCAAAAAGACUCCCUACUCUUGUAUAAUUCUGGAACAUCAACCAGCAGAGAAUUCUUGGCAUUGGAGAUACUUGGUGGUACAAUACAACUCUCUUAUGACCUGGGCUCGGGACCUGUAAGGUUGCAGACAUUUAAACAAGUUGCAGAUGGGCUUUUUCACAGUGUUACUGUAAGGAGGAUUGGCAAUAUGGGAUCUUUGAUUGUGGACAACUGUACAGAUGUUGAGAACAAUGGAUUUUGUUUUUCAGAAGAUGAUGGCAUCAUCUCAGAAAGGACUCUGGAUGUUGGCAUUACCAACUUGACAUUUGGUGGAAUGAGGAGUCUGGAAUUGAUUUUACAACAUCCAAAUCAGAUAAAAACACAUGAUUUUGUUGGAUGCAUUAGAAAUAUUUACAUCAAUGGCAUCCUGCUGAGACCUUCUUUUGGUCUUGCAACAUAUAAUGUCUUUAACAGGUGUCUUCGGACAGUAACUUCAGAAUGCAAUGGCGCCCCAUGCAAGAAUGGAGGAAUAUGCCAUGACCUUUGGUCGGACUAUGUUUGUGAGUGCAAAGCUGCCUUUAGAGGAAGAAACUGUGAUACAGAAAUAUCCGAAGAGCUUGUAAUGAGCUUCAAGGGGAGUGAAUACAUUGAGUAUGUCAUCAAAGAAAGAUUCAAGAGAGAUCUUCUGCUCAAAGACUUAAUGGAUAAUACUAAACAAGAAAACAAAACAGACCAAACUCUGAUCACGAUAAAGUUCAAAACAAAAGAGGGAGGAACCUUACUCUUUAUUCCUGGGAAGACAGGAAACAUUAUGCUGAUGGUAAAAGACAGAAAACCUGUGUACACUUCCAUAGACACAACCUUAGGACAUAAGGCAGAGUUAACAGUUGACUUUUUAGUUGCUGAUGGGCUCUGGCACAGUCUGUCCUUACUGAGCAGAGGGAGUAACAAUUCUUUGUUUGUGGAUGACAAAAUGGUCUUAAACGUCACAGAAAGAGACAUGGACUUAAAACUUGUUCAUUUGGAAAAGAUUUUUCUCGGUGCAGUGCCACAAAGACAAACCAAGCUCCAAAAUCCAGGAUUUAAUGGAUGUGUGGAGCACAUAAGGAUCAAUGGUCACACUCUUCCUAUUAUUGGACAAAGUUUAAUGGUGGAUGUCUUGCCUAGUUCAACUCUCCCCCAGUCCAGCUGCAUUUCUCCAGGUGUCUGUCUCUUCUCCCCUUGCUAUGAACAAAAUACCUUUAGAACCUGUGUUUCAAACUGUCAGAACCGGAGGAUUUGUAGACCUGCAAUGCUGAACAGUUCGUGCAUCUGUUUGCAGAAUGUCUCUCAUAAUUUUUGUGAUAUCUGCCUUUCCACUGUAAAUGAAGAGUGCUCAAAUAUACAGCACAAAAGGCCUUUAUGGGUAAUAGCUGUGGUUCUCCCUCUGAUCACCAUUCUGGUGGUUGUAUGUAUAUCUGUGGGUCUGUAUAGACUAAGACAACAUGAUUCAAACUGUUACAAUGAGAACUUCCUAUGCAAAAGUGGGCAAAAAACUGAAAAUAUAAAUUUUUGCUUUGAUUCCAUCCAAUUGCCAAAGGCUGCUCUUUCUACUGUGAAAGUUGGACCUAAUGAUCAACUGAGUGCAUUUCAGCGAAGGUCAGAUGAAAAGAUUGAUAAUGACGCUUUUCUUUCAUGUCCACAACUGAGGCUUCCAAGUGAGCUGGAGUAUUUCGAGAUUGGCAGCAUUUGCAGUGCAAUUAAUUCUGACAACAACUCACUACAACUCAGCUGGGACAAACAUUUAUGCAGUAAAAAAUGUCUUGAAAAUGAUUCAAACCAGUGGGGAGAUUUGAGGGUGCUAUUACAUAAGUUAAAAAACGACAACAGGGGUAAACAAAAAUGCCCCCCAGAGUCUCAAAAUGUUGCCCCACUACACAAAGGAUCAAUUUGGAAGCUUGAUACUGAGCAACAGCAGGAAAAAAUACCCUGUUACACAAAAGAAUUCCCUCAGCAAGAGCUCCUUGAGCCAACACAACCACUCACUUCUGAAGAAAUUAUCAAACUGAAUGCUCAACUUGAGUCUAGACCCAUAGAGCCCACUACGGUAAUGGAGACCUUAUCUGAAUGUGAAACAGACAGCACAUUUACUUUCUUGGAGUCUGAGGAUAGUCAGUUUUCUAUAAAUUCUAGCAAGAAAUACUAUAGACAGGAGCAGGCCUUACCAUCUGAGUGCAACAUAAGGCAGAAUGGUAGUUUUCCAGGUACCUUAUUCUUUGAAAUAACAUCCACCUCCACUUUAGGUCAGGACCAUUCCAAGAGUGAUCCCUUUUCUAUGUUUGAACAGUGGGUCACAAAUAUAAAUGUGCCAGUGUCUUUUGACAGCUAUGCUGCAGUGUUUGAAGAUAUUGCAGGUAUACCAUUGCAGGUGAGUUGUCAUUGUGAUAUGCAAAGUGAUGAUGAGGAAAUUAUUUGAGGAAUUAUUUUGACAUGGGAUAGUUUAGUGUGCACAGUUGAUAGAUAAUAUCUGAAACACUACUUGCACAAACAGUUCUAUAAUAUGUUUAGAUCUGUAGGUCUACGAGUCUUUCUGGACUCUGGUAAAUGAGGUCUUGGCAGGAAUAAUUCAGAUUUAAAACAAAGUUAUGUUUUGCUUGAAUUUUUAUUUUUAUUUUUUUUUCUUACAAAAAAUUAAGAUACUUAGAAGACACUGUUAAACUGUUAUUCAUCACCUUGGGAAAAUAAGAGAAGAUAAAUUAAAAUUAAAAAUGUGCUUGUAAAACAUAUAAAUCAUCCUUAGAAGAAAUAUAUGUACUCAGAUAUGCAGUAUGCAUUUUUAAAACAAAGUGUAGCUUUGGCCAGGAAGGUGUAUAAACUGGGCUGCUGGUCUAUUUGAUUGUCUUGUUUUGUUCUAACCAAAAAUAUCAAAAAAUGCCAAUACAUAUAAAACAGUGCAUCCUAGAUCCUGAUAAUUGCAAAAAAGGGUACGUAACCACAUCCUCUCAAAUUGGAUGCUGUUUAGAUGUGAUUCAUUAAAGUAAAUCUUUCACAAUUAGCAUUGCAUGCUUGAAAUGUAGCACAAAUAUUUGCAACCUGUGAGAUCUUCUUUAGCUCCUCACAUCUAAGUCUAUGACCCCGAUUUACUUUUUUGCUUUAUAAUGUACUUGAAUUUAGCAGGAAAAAAAAAAGUCACACUGAGCAUCACGGUGUGCAGUGAACAGGCAUUCAAAUGUGUUCAUGUUCGACAACAAGGUUGUUACAAACCAAUGAGUUUCAUUGUUCUGUAAGCCUAGAUUGGUAAAAAAAUUCUUCUUCUUGUUGGAUUAUUUAUUUGUGCACUUGUAUUUACGUAUUAUUCAUUAUUAUAAAACUGAUUUCAUAGUGAUUUUUUUAAACUGGCAUCGAAGAGUAGCUGGAUCAUCAGCUAAAACAGCUAAAUUUUGUUUAUUCAAUAAAGCUGGCAUGCACAUCUAACGUCCAGCAGACUGAGAGGGUAGAGCGCAAACAAAAUAAAAUAAAGAUGAAUGUAUAUCCUGCUCCUUUUUAAAUUAUUAUUACAUUGAAUUUGUUUUCGCAAGCAAAAGGUUUGCCGUUUCCACACAUAAUGUAACAAAAUCUGUGCGCGGGGGUGGACUCUUCGGUUCAUGUACACUGGACCCAUUUGUUUCUUCUUUUUUUUUUUAAUCGUUGAUUUUAAGUUGUGAAACUAAUGAU